AUGUUCCGCGGCGGUAGCAAAAGUCGGGCCAAGUCGCCGAAGCCGCCGGAGAAGAAGAAAAGUGUGGCCAAGAAGGCGUCCAGCAGCUCGGCGCCGGCCGAGAACGGCGUCGCAGCGCCGGAAGUGGAGCUGCGCUCGCAUCAUUUCGCGUUCGUUUUCCCGAGCUUCGAAGGUGAGGUUGUUGACUGCAAUUUUGGUCGAUUUGUGUCGGAAAAAAAAAAUGAUUUUUCAAAAAAAUUUUUUUUUUUGAAAUUCGAACUAAAAAUCUCAGGCUUGAUUAAGCAUGAGGUGUAUAGUAAUUGUACGAAAAAUCAACUUUUUCCAAGAGGUUUUUCAAAAGUUAUCGGCAAAAAGCUUUUUUGUCAUCAUUUUUCAUGAUGAAUUGCGUAUAACUUGGGAACUAAUGGAGUAAAAUUCAAAAAAGUUAAAGUUUCGAAAUACGAAGGACCUCUACUUUAUGGGCGUAUUACAUUUUAUCGCAUAAUCACCUCAGGUUUUUUUAAAUCGAUGUUUUUCCAAGUCAGUCCAACGAUUUUCUUAAUUUGGAGCAACCUCCGUAAAUAUGAUGUUUGCAGAUUGCCGGAGGGCUUUUGAAGACAAAAUUUUUACAUCCCAAAAAAUAGAAUCACUGUGAAGUCCGCAAAUGUAAUUUGUGCGACUUUCGCUUCGUUAUUUCAAAAAUUACAGAGAAAAUAAAAAAAACUUGAACUUUUCCAGAAUUCCCCCUCGAAUUCGAUGUAAUUCGCGCCGUAAUCAACGACAUGCAGCAGUAUUUAUUCGAAUAUGAUAUGGAUCUGGAGUGCUCGACCUUUAUUUCCGAAAGCUCGCAUCAAAUGGCCGAGUAUUCGCAUCUUCUCGGGCUGUUGAAGGAGCCUCGAACCACCGUCGUUGUAGGCGAUAUUCUCUGCGAAAAUAUUUUUUAGUGUUUUAUCGGCGACAAGUACGGCGAUCCGCAGAUGCCGUUGGAGAUCGACAACGCCGAGUUUGGGUGCUUGCGGACGGCGGCGGUGGAGGCUUGUAAAGGUAGGCGCGGUUGCGUCCCGAUUCCCUCAACUCUCACUGGCGAAGAGGCCACACAACCGGGGGAGGCCUCAGGCUCCAAAAACUAAGAGGCCCCCAAAAAGACGAAGAGGCCCGCUUUUCCAAAAAAAAUUGUAAAUUGAAAAAAUUGGGGUGACAUGUUAUACGACGCAUUUUUUUUGUAUUUUAAUUUGCCAAGACCCCCACUGGCGAAAAGGCCCCCAAAAAGGCAAAGAGGCCCUCUUUUUUUCAAGAAAAAUUGUUGAUAAAAAAAAUUGGGGUGACAUGUUAUACGAUGCAAUUUUUUUGUAUUUUUAUUUUUCCCAAAACCCUCACUGGCGAAGAGGCCCCCUAAAAGGCGAAGAGGCCCUCUUUUUUCAAGAAAAAUUGAAAAAUUGCUGAUUGAAAAAAUAAGGGUGACAUGUUAUACGAUGCAAUUUUUUGCAUUUAUAUUUUCCCCAAAACCCUCACUGGCGAAGAAGCCCCCAAAAAGGCGAAGAGGCCCGCUUUUUUCAAGAAAAAUUGUUGAUUGCAAAUAUAGGGGUGACAUGUUAUACGAUGCAAAUUUUUUUUGUAUUUUUAUUUUUCCCAAGACCCCCACUGGCGAAAAGGUCCCCAAAAAGGCGCAAAGGCCUUCUUUUUUCAAGAAAAAUUGUUGAUUGAAAAAAUAGGGGUGACAUGUUAUAUGAUGAAAUUUUUUUUUGUAUUUAUAUUUUCGUUUUGGGGGCCUUUUCAUUGCGGGGCCUCUUCGGUCCCAACCCACAAAACUUUUCCUCACUUUAGACGCCAAACUUUUGGAGCAGUACUACGUCCAAAGCAAGCCGUCCAGUUCGUAUUUUCUGAAUGUGCGUCAACCUCGAGCCGAGAUGGACAAACUGGCGGCGGUCGUGCGAAAGGCGUCGCAGCGCGCUCUUGAAGACGGCACUCUGGUAUCGGGGAAUGGCGAGAAGUCGAUGGGACUGCAGUUCCAGACCAGUUUCAUCGACAAGGUUGCGCAGAAAGUCAUGGAGGACCCAAGUCGGCAUCUUUUUGUUCUACGUCGCUUCAAAGGUAAAUUGUCUUGUUUUGGGAAUUGAAAGAAAAAUUUGAGCAGUUUGAAGUGAAUCUGACCGGUCAAUUUUUUGCAUUUGACCAAUUUUACCGGUCAGGUUUGAAUUUUAGUAGUCUGAAAUUUUUGUGCUACAUGUACUACAUGUAGCUACAAAUAAUUUUGCCAAUGAUCUUGGUCGUCGGUUUGGGCAAAUUGCCGGUCAGAUUGGGCAAAUUGCCGGUCAGAUUGGACAACUUGACCGGCCAAAUGGGGUAACAUGACUUUUUGAAUGAGUGAUUUUUCAAUUUGAUCGGUCAGAUUGGGCAAAUUGCCGGUCAGAUUUGGCAACUUCGCUAGUCAAAUUGGGCAUCUUGACCGGUCAAAUGAGGUAACAUGACUUUUUGAAUGAGAGAUUUUUCAAUUUGAUCGGUCAGAUUGGGCAAAUUUCCUGACAGAUUGGGCAAAUUUCCGGUCAAAUUGGGCAACUUGACCAGUCAAAUUGGGCAUCUUGACUUGUUCAAAUGAGUGAUUUUUCGGUUUGACCGGUUAAGUUGGGCAACUUGACCGAUCAAAUUUUAUAUUAGCGGUCCAAAAAUGUUCAAAAAUUUCUCAUUUGGUCACAUUGGGAAACUUGUCCAAUCUGACCGGUCAUAUUUUUAUUUGACCGCUCUUACCGGAACUUCAGUUCCUCAAAACACUUGGUUUGCAAUGGUUAAUUUUUCCUCCAUUACAGAUCUGGAAGCCAAAUCCGCCGACAAUAUUUGGAAAGAUUAUGAUGUGCCGCGAUUCGAGAAAGUGACAAAUUUAAAAAACAAAAUUGCCGAAAAAUUGCCCAAAGAAGCCUACAUAUCACACGUGCUGAACACGAAAAUGACCGAUCCCAGCCGUUGGUUGACCGGCAAGGACGCCGGCGUCUAUGAGCGACAGCUCACCAUGGAUGUAGGUGGAUUUUUCAGCGUUAAAAAACAAUGUUUUCAGCUGAUCAACGCGUUAAAAACGCGGAUAAAUGUGAUGCCAAAGCUGGAUACGAAUCAUCUUGUGACUGAUUCGGAGAUGGCGGCAAGAGAUCACAAAGUGCACAGUGAUUAUCUGAAACAAGUUGCGGCAAAGGAAUGGAUUUCGCGCGCCGAAAUCGACCAGAAACUCGCGGAGUUUGCGAAAAAAGGGAUGGAGAAGCCAAUCUGUGCGUUAAUCCAUGGCCCACCUGGCUCUGGGAAGUCGGCGACAAUCGCGCGACUGCAUGAACAACUUACGGAACAGGGUUGCUAUGUGAUCACGAGAUUCACACAGCUGACGGACUGCUCAAUGUACGCGAACGAACUGAUCAAAGGGGCGUUUUUGACGGUAAGUUGGGGUUGGGAGGUCUGCAACUCGGUUUGGUGAAGCUGCUAAAUUUCCCCGGAAACAUAACCAAAAUUACCAAUUUGCCCGGCAAAAUGACCAAAAUGACCAAUUUGUCCGGCAAGACGAACAAAAUGACCAAUCUGCUUGGAAACAUGAUCAAAAUAACCAAUCUGCCCGGAAACAUGAUCAAAAUAACCAAUCUGCCCGGCGAAAUGACCAAAAUUACCAAUCUGCCCGGAAACAUAACCAAAAUUACCAAUUUGCCCGGCGACAUAGCCAAAAUUACCAUUCUGCCAAAAAUGACCAAUUUGCCCGAAAAAAUAACCAGAAUGAUCAAUCUGCCCGGCAUGAUAUCCAAAAUGACCAAUCUGCCCGUAACAUAGCCAAAAUGACCAAUCGCCGGGCAACGUGGCCAAAAUAACCAAUAUUCCCAGCAAAAUGACCAAUCUGCCCAAAAUUACCAAUCUGCCCAGUCAUUUGGCCAAUUUUCCCGGUAGACACCCAACUUGACCAAUAUGCCCAAUAUGGCAAUCUGCCCGGUCAAAUUACCAUCUACCCGGUCCUAUUCCCAAUCUAGCCCGUCAAAUUUUCAAUUUGCCCAAACUGCCGCAAAAAUCUUCAAUUUUCAGCUCUGCCAACUCGCCGGAAUCGACCCCAACCCCAUCUCGGCCUCAUUUACCCUCGCCACAACCAUCUCUCAAGCCAAAUUACUGUUGGAAAAGGUGGACAAACCGGUCUUUUUGCUUCUGGACAACGCGAAUCAUCUGAAGUUCGGGCGGAGUUUGAGUGAGAUCGAAAAACCGCUGAAGAAGUUGCUGCCGAAGAUGAGCAUCAUCUACACGGCGAACUCGGCGGACGCCCAGAUCGACUGCUUCCCCAUGGCCGAGGAGUUCUUGGCGUUGGAGCCGAUCGCGGGCGAGCAAUGCUUGGAGAUUCUGAAGAGCGAAAUGAAGGCGGCUUAUGGGGUGGUGCCCGAAAAUAUGAAUAUGCUACAGCAAAUGGUGAGUGGAAAUUUUUUGGUCUGUAAAAUUGGUGAUUAGUGAGCUGAAAGGAGCCUGAAUUUUGAUUGAAGUUGAGAAGUUUUAAGAUUUUAGAGGUCUUUUGGCAGUUUAGUCAUCAAAAACAUUGUUAAAGUCAUCAGAAACGGAAACAAGCCCUUAAGGGGUAGAACAUACGGGGUGGAACAUAUGGGGUGAAAAAAUACGUAGUAAGCUCUGACUAGGUAAAGCAAAUUAACAAAAUUGCCGAGGUUUCGGAUUUUCGAAGCGCAAGCUGCGCCCUGCUUUCGGCGGAAAAAUUAGUGUACCGUAAAAAUAAACUGCACUAUCUUACUGAGCGUUCGAAGACGAAGAGAAUGGUAUAUUACACGUUGCUGUUUAAGCACGUUUUUGUAACCUAGGGCGCAGCUCGCGCAUUCAAAAUUUGCGUUGUUUUUACAAAAAGUUGAAUUAAUACUUCUUUAGUUGAUCACGGAUGAUGAUAGAUAACAUUUUAAUGUACUAAAAGACCUACGAUGUUACACGAUACUUUUUAAGCAAGUUUUAGUAACCUAGGGCGCAGCUCGCGCAUUCAAAAAAUUGCGUUCUUUUUAGUAAAAGUUAAAUUUUAAUACUCAGUGUUGAUUUGUGAUGACGUUAGAAGACAUUUUGCUGUACUAAAAGACCUAGAAAUUCCGCAAAAAAGUCUUAUCCAAACUUCCAGCACAAAACCGACUCCCUCGACCCGAUUCUCGGCCGAUUGCAAGCCAAAGAGUUGAUGGAAGUGUCGCCCAUUUUAUUCUCGCGCAUCGACCAAUAUCUGCAAAAACUGGAAGAGCAGUACGACCCGCAAACGGUCCGCAUCAUCUGCCAAAUGUUGGCGGUUUCGCCGUUCGGCCUGACGUCGGCCGAGAUCUCGGACGGCGUGCGUUUGGCCAACUUUCAGAACGGGAUGGUCACAAAAGCGCAGAACUUGUUUUCGGCCAUGCCAAUGAUGGUGUUCCGACGACUGGGUGAGUGAAUUUUUUUCGAUUUUUGAUUUUUUUCAAAUUUUUUUUACUUGUAUAAGAAACGUUCCAGCACAACUCUGCGUCCCGAUUCAAAUCGAAGACCGCGUCGCCUAUCGAAUUCGUCAUCCAAUAAACGCCGUCCUCAUCCGCCAAAAAUACAUGCAAACGGCGACGGAGUUGGUGAAGACGAACGAAAUCAUGUCGGAGCUCUUCAAGACGGGGCCCAGUCUCGAGAACGGACGGCCGAAUGCGCAGUCCGCGGGGAUUGUCAACUAUCCGCCGGCGAUUACGAAAGAUACAAGAAGUUUGCGGAGGCUGCGUUAUUCGUGGUAUUAUCUGCUGCAUUCCGGUAGGUUUUUAGUGGGGUUUAUUGGAAGAUCCGAGUUGUAAAUAUCGACCAGUUUUCUUGUAAAUUUCUCUACAAUUUCAGCGAAUAUCGACGAAUUAAAAAGCGAAGCGUUAUGUGCAUUCGAAUACAUCGAAGGGGUAUUUCAAUUCUUUGGACUGACUCGACUUCUCACUGUGUUCGAGGAGUGUUUACAACAAGUUCUGCAUCAUGAUUUGUUGGUUCUGUUUGAGCAAAUUUUACUGCCGGCCAUUCCCACACUGAUCCAUGAUGGGAAUCAGUUCGUUUCGGAGUUUAUCAACCGUUUGAGGUAUCGGCGGGGUAAGGAUGAUUUUUGGCUCUUUGAUUUGUCAGUUUGGGCAAGUUGACCGGUCAAAUUGGCAACUUGAGCGGUCAAAUUAGCCAACUUGAAUUUUUUGAAUGAGUGAUUUUUCAAUUUGACCGGUCACUUUGGGCAAGCUGACUGGUCAAAUUGGCAACUUGACCGGUCAAAUUGGGAAAGUUCACUGGUCAAAUUGGCAACUUGAUCGGUGAAACUAGCCAACUUGAAUUUUUUGAAUGAGUGAUUUUUCAAUUUGACCGGUCACUUUGGGCAAGCUCACUGGUCAAAUUGGCAACUUGACCGGUCAAAUUGGGAAAGUUCACUGGUCAAAUUGGCAACUUGAUCGGUGAAACUAGCCAACUUGAAUUUUUUGAAUGAGUGAUUUUUCAAUUUGACCGGUCACUUUGGGCAAGCUGACUGGUCAAAUUGGCAACUUGACCGGUCAAAUUGGGAAAGUUCACUGGUCAAAUUGGCAACUUGAUCGGUGAAACUAGCCAACUUGAAUUUUUUGAAUGAGUGAUUUUUCAAUUUGACCGGUCACUUUGGGCAAGCUGACUGGUCAAAUUGGCAACUUGACCGGUCAAAUUGGGAAAGUUCACUGGUCAAAUUGGCAACUUGAUCGGUGAAACUAGCCAACUUGAAUUUUUUGAAUGAGUGAUUUUUCAAUUUGACCGGUCACUUUGGGCAAGCUCACUGGUCAAAUUGGCAACUUGACCGGUCAAAUUGGGAAAGUUCACUGGUCAAAUUGGCAACUUGAUCGGUGAAACUAGCCAACUUGAAUUUUUUGAAUGAGUGAUUUUUCAAUUUGACCGGUCACUUUGGGCAAGCUGACUGGUCAAAUUGGCAACUUGACCGGUCAAAUUGGGAAAGUUCACUGGUCAAAUUGGCAACUUGAUCGGUGAAACUAGCCAACUUGAAUUUUUUGAAUGAGUGAUUUUUCAAUUUGACCGGUCACUUUGGGCAAGCUGACUGGUCAAAUUGGCAACUUGACCGGUCAAAUUGGGAAAGUUCACUGGUCAAAUUGGCAACUUGAUCGGUGAAACUAGCCAACUUGAAUUUUUUGAAUGAGUGAUUUUUCAAUUUGACCGGUCAGUUUGGGCAAGUUGCCCGGUCAAAUUGGCAACUUGACCGGCCAAAUUGGCCACCUGAAAAUUCCAAAUUUGACAAGGCAAGGUCGCAACUUGGCUGCUCAAGUUGCUAAUCUGACAUCUCAAGUCAAAUUAUUUGACAACUUCUCAUGGUAUUUCGGUCGAAAUCAUCUCAAAAUUCAAAAAAGCGACCUCCCGAGCUUCACAACUCGGUUAACUUCUGUAAGUAAUCGUUUUUGCAGCCAUGAACAGCGAGUACCUGAACGAGCUGAUUGAGCAGGCCAUGUUGUGGACCGACUUCUACACGAACGGCUCGUUGCUCGUCCCCAUGACGUGUUGGAUAAAUCCGCCGAAGAUGAAGCAAGUGGUCAGCUUCGAGGUCCCAUUCCAGGCGACCAAACCCAUCCUGCAUCCCACCUGCAAUCAUCAGCAUCUCCUGAUCGCGGGUGAUAACGCGGAUCUGGGCGCCAUUUACAUGUAUCAUAUUGCGUCGCAGAUCCUUUUCAAGACUUUUCGAGGUGAGUCCGCACGUUGGGAGGGCGGGGUAAUCUUUUGGUUUCAGCUCACACUGACCGGGUAACUUCUUUUCAAACAUCAUCAGAUGGCACCUUCUUCACGUCCACCUCGCACGACGCUUCCGUUCGGGUCUGGUCGAUUUUAAAUGUGAGUUUAAAGAGUUUAAAGAUUGCCGCGCAAUUAGCGUUCGUCGAGUGGCUCACAAGCGGAAUACCAUUUUGCGGAGCCUCAAAAGCCUCCACAAUUCCCCAGAAGUUAGCAUAAACCAAGUCAUAUAAAAGCUAUGUCUCGUCACCAAUUAGAUAAUCAAUCUCAUUUCUCUUUCUUCGUGUGCGGUGGUCCAAUAAACUUUACUCUUAAUCUUGUGUCUACUAUCUUCUACCUAUCCACCUUUGAUCCUACACCAUAACCACAUGUGUGACGCACAGAUUUUCUUCAAAUCUUGCACACACUUUGGCUGUGGGCCGCAUAACAAUCGCUGAAAGUUUCAGCCCGCGCUUCCCAGGGACAGCCGAGAUAUUGAUCGAUCUUUAGAGAGAGCACGCGAAAUGCGGAGACCAUAGAGAAAGAAACACUUUUUGGCUAUAACUUUGCUAGUUUUGCGCGGAAAAAAUUGAUUUUUUGUAGAAACACUCUAUUCUACUGUAGAAAUAGAGAUGAAACUUUUCAUGCCAAAAUUCGAAAAAAAAAAAUUUUUCGAAUUUCGAAUUUUGACCAACUUUUGGACUCAAAAUCUCGUCUAUUUCUGAAAAGUGUGAGCUAGGAAUGUCGUAUAUGUCUUGGGAAAUUUUUAACUCAUUUUUUGCCUUGCCCAUUUUCCCCAAUCAACAUUUUUCAACGUCUUUUUUCAGCUGGAAUGCUCAAAAACAAUCAAAUCACCCACGAAAAUCCUUUGCUCAGCCAUGGCCGAAGAUGACCGUCGCUUAAUCAUCGGCUGCUCCGAUUCGACCGCUCGAAUUAUCGACCUCGAAACGGGAAAAGUGAUAAAGUCCUUCCCCGAGCAUAUCGGGCCAGUCGUGGACUUGAAAUUAAUGUCCAAAGACGAGUUGCUGGUCACUGGAAGCGGGGAUUUUGCGGUCAUGGUGUGGGAUUUGAAUACUGGGCAGGUGAGGAUUGUUUUUUUAUGUGAAAAAAGCGAAUAAAUAGAAAAAAUAAAGAAAAAAUAAAAAAAAAUUUUAAAUCAAAAAAAUAAUUUUGGCAUUAUUAAAAUAAAAAAAAAUAAAAAAUAAAUAUAAAAAAAAUCGGGAAAAUAACUUUUAUAAAGAAAAUAAAAUUAAGAUAAAUUUUAAAAAAUUAAAUAUGAAAUAACAAAAACAAAACAUAAAAAUAAUUUGAAAGAUAAAAUAAAAAAAAAAAAUAAAAAAAAAAAAUAAAAAAAUAAAAAAAGUAGAAUUUAAAAAUUUGAAAUUGAGAUAAAAUACUACUCAAAAAAAAUAAAAAUAAAAUAAAAUUAGAAAAAUAAUUUUGGCAUUAUUAAAAUAAAAAAAAUAAAAAAGAAAUAUAAAAAAAUCGGGAAAAUAACUUUUAUAAAGAAAAUAAAAUCAAGAUAAAUAUAAAAAAUUCAAUAAAAAAUAAAAAAACUAAAACAAAACAGAAAAUUAAUUUGAAAGAUAAAAUAAAAAAAAAAAUAAAAAAAUAAAAAAAGUAGAAUUUAAAAAUUUGAAAUUGAGAUAAAAUACUACUCAAAAAAAAUAAAAAUAAAAUAAAAUUAGAAAAAUAAUUUUGGCAUUAUUAAAAUAAAAAAAAUAAAAAAGAAAUAUAAAAAAAUCGGGAAAAUAACUUUUAUAAAGAAAAUAAAAUCAAGAUAAAUAUAAAAAAUUCAAUAAAAAAUAAAAAAACUAAAACAAAACAGAAAAUUAAUUUGAAAGAUAAAAUAAAAAAAAAAAAUAAAAAAAUAAAAAAAGUAGAAUUUAAAAAUUUGAAAUUGAGAUAAAAUACUACUCAAAAAAAAUAAAAAUAAAAUAAAAUUAGAAAAAUAAUUUUGGCAUUAUUAAAAUAAAAAAAAUAAAAAAGAAAUAUAAAAAAAUCGGGAAAAUAACUUUUAUAAAGAAAAUAAAAUCAAGAUAAAUAUAAAAAAUUCAAUAAAAAAUAAAAAAACUAAAACAAAACAGAAAAUUAAUUUGAAAGAUAAAAUAAAAAAAAAUAAAAAAAUAAAAAAAAUAGAAAUUAAAAAUUUGAAAAAUAAUUUUGGCAGCUAAAAUAAAAUUCUAUAAAAAUAAAAAAAAUACAAAAAAAAUCUGCGAUGUAAUUUUUACAGAGAAAAUAAAAUAAAAAUAAAUAGAAAAAAUUCAAAAAAAAAAAAUAAAAAAUAUAAAAAAAAUAAAAAACCAAAAAAAUAAUUUUUGACAGACAAAAAGUAAUAUAUUCUUCCUCAAAAAAAUUAUUUUUCAGGUGAUAACAAAAAUGGUCGGACUAAUGGCACCAGUCACCUGUCUUACUGUCACUUCAAACGACGCUUUUUUGGCGGUUGCUUGCGAAGACGAGACUCUACGGGUAUUCAGCACAGUCUCCACGCAAGAACUUCAUGAACUCUCGGUAAAAAAAAAUUUUGAAAAAUUUUAAAAAUUUUGAAAAAAUCUUGACAAAAAUUUCAAUUUUUCAGGGCCACGACAGCCGAGUAAACGCGUUAUGUUCGACGAUAGAUGACUGCAAGUUGUUUGCGGCGACAACGAAGAAAAUUGUGUGCUAUGACGUGCACAACGGUCAGAUUUUGGAGCAGCUUGAAUGUUCGCAACGACUGCCAGUUUCGUCGUUAAAAGUGAGAAGUUUUUUUCAAAAAAAAUUUUUUAAAAAACAACUCGAUUUUUUCGCAUUUUUUUCUUGAAAUUGAAAAAAAUAAGAUGUGACAUCUUAUACGAUGAAAAAAUAGAUGCGACAUCUUAUUUUUUUCAAUUCGAAAAAAUUUUUCAUCGUAUAAGAUGUCACACCAUAUUCUUUUCAAUUUGAAAAAAUUUUUCAUCGUAUAAGAUGUCACUCCAUAUUCUUCUCAAUUUGAAAAAAAUUUUUCAUCGUAUAAGAUGUCACACCUUAUUCUUUUCAAUUUGAAAAAAUUUUUCAUCGUAUAAGAUGUCACGCUUUAUUCUUUUCAAUUUGAAAAAAUUUUUCAUCGUAUAACAUGUCACACUUUAUUUUUUUCAAUUUGAAAAAAUUUUUCAUCGUAUAAGAUGUCACACCUUAUUCUUUUCAAUUUAAAAAAAUUUUCAUCGUAUAAGAGGUCACAUCUUAUUUUUUAUAAUUUUUUAAAAUUUUUCAUCGUAUAAGAUGUCACACCUUAUUCUUUUCAAUUUGAAAAAAUCUUUCAUCGUAUAAGAUGUCACACCUUAUUCUUUUCAAUUUGAAAAAAUUUUUCAUCGUAUAACAUGUCACACUUUAUUUUUUUCAAUUUGAAAAAAUUUUUCAUCGUAUAAAAUGUCACACCUUAUUCUUUUCAAUUUGAAAAAAUUUUUCAUCGUAUAAGAUGUCACACCUUAUUUUUUUCAAUUUGAUAAAAUUUUUCAUCGUAUAAGAUGUCACACCUCAUUUUUUCAAUUUUCAAAAUGAGGGGGAAUGUUCAAAAAGGGGAGUGUUCAUUCAAAGGGGAAAGUUCAAAAAGGGGGAGAGUUGAAAAAGGGGGAGAGUUCAGAAGAGGUAGAGUUCUGCCGCAACGUUUUUUUCCGAAAAAUCUCGGUCAUUUAUUCCGAGAUUAUUCUGGAAAUUUCAGACAUGCCUUACAAGCCAAUAUUCUAAAUUUAUGCCAAGUUUUAUCAAAAUCUGAGCGCCGCACUUGGAGCACGUCCUCUCUAAAGUCAAUCGCAAUUUUCAGAUCAGCGAUGACAAUUCCUUCCUCCUUGCGGCGUGUGGAAGCCGAAUGCACAUGUGGGAUGUGAAUUCCAUCGAAAACGAGCCCAUGGUGAACUCGGCGGCUUCACUAAUCUGUAUGAAACUGGCGCCGGACGAGCGCACCGCCGCCUGCGGCACGGAAGACGGCGUGUUGGCGGUCUGGGAUCUGGACGGAUGCAGAUGUCUGUGGACGGUAAGGAGGUGUACAGAAAAGUUGCAAAAGGUCACUUUGCUAUCAGUAAUUUCAUAAGGUGCAUGGGGUUUUUGCCGCAGUGUGUACCAUGCACCAGAGAUUAAUUUGCGGGCUAUUUUUUGUGCGUUGCAGGUGAAGAGGUGAAGAACCAGGAAGGCCCCUGGAGCUAGGAUUUUUAAAUUUUACAAAACGUUUUUUUUUUAUCGUAAAACAUGUCACCGUUCAUUUUGAAACUUUUUUUGUCUCUUUUUCUUGGGGAUCUCGUCGUUAUGGCGGCUUUUUCAACAAGGGAAAUUACAGUGGGGGACCUGAUCCAGUGACAAAAAAAGUAUAAUUUUGCAUCCGGGAAGUAUCAAAAACAUGGCAAAAUGCUUCCCUCUCCAAGCAAGUUUUUUCGCUCGGAGAGGGAAGCAUUUUGCCACAUGUUUGAUGCUUCCCGGAGCAAAAUGGUACGUUUUCUGCCACUGAGGUCCGUCACUCUACUUACUGCUCUCUGCGGCCGAGAGAGUACGCGAAAUGCGGAGAGCUGUCCGAGAGAGAAGCAUUUUUGGCCGUAUUUUUGCCAGUUUCGCGCGGAAAUAAUAGAUUUUUUUGUUGACAUUAUUACCCUCUGCAGCAGAAAUAAGCAUGAAACUUUUUGUGACAAAAUUCGCGAAUAAUUUGCCAUUUUUUCCCCAAUUUUGGAACUAGAAAUCUCGGUCGGAAAACCCCUCUCUGCGGUCGAUAGUUUUAACUCUUCCAUUCCAGACUUCCCAACAAAAGUCGGGCGCUGUGACCGCCGUCGAGUUCACCGUCGACUCGAUGUUCAUCGUCUCCGGCAGUGCGCAGGGCUCGAUCACAAUGUGGGAGACGUCGAGCGGGCAGCUCACCAAACAGUUCGACCUGCACAACGACGCCAUUGUGGAGAUUGUGUGCUUCACGGACGGGAACAACGUGCUGACCGUCGACCGCAACGACGCCGCUUUUAUUUGGUCGAUUUCGUCGUCGGAGGAUCCGAGUCAAAUCGAGAUUCUGUCGUCGUUUACGGCGCUCAGAGCACCGGUUUAUGUGAGGCUGGAAGAUAGUAUUGUGAUAUCGUAUAACACGCAAAACCUGAAAGAGUAAGUGGUUUCGCUGAGAUUUCAUUUUCGAAAAAUUUUAAAAAGUAUGGUAAGGGGGGACCAAGGAAGAAUUUUUUAGGCUUAUAAGGGAAAUAUCCCAUAUGCGACGCAAAGAUUUUGAUGAAACUUUGUGUAAAUUUAGAACUGUAUUUUCUAAAGAGUAUAUUAUAGUCCUAGUUCGCGCUUUGCAGAAACGACCGAGAUUUUUGGUCGAAAUUUGGUAAAAAUGACAAACUUUUUUGCAAAUUUUGUCAUAAAAUUUUUUAUGCCUAUUUCUACUGUAGAGAGUAAUGUCUCCACAAAAAAUUAAUUUUCUCCACACGAAACUGGCAAAGAUACGGCCAAAAAGUGGAUUUUUUCACGGACUGCUCUCCGCAUUUCGCGUACUCCCUCGGCCGCAGAGUUUUUUUCCCUUGGACAAUUCGAAAGAGGAAAAUUUUUCUAUGAAAAAAUCACAUUGUCCUCUCGAAAUUGACAGAGAAGUGGUCAAAAAUGAUUAUUUCUCUGAAAGCUCUCCGCAUUUCUCGUCCUCUCUCGGCGGCAAGGACCAUUGAAUCCCUCGGCUGCCCUUGAAAAGUUCGAAUUAAAAUUAGCGGAAAUUGAAUGUAGUCUAUGUGCAAGUGCGGCCAAAAAUUAAAUAAAUUCACAGUGAACAAUUAACUUGUAAACUUGCCUUGGCCCCCUCUUACCACAUUCUCCAAAUUAUUCCAAUUUCGUCAAGUUCUUUUGCCCUGCAUUGCAACUUUUUUCUUUCCAAAAAGGAUGCUUUUUCCACAUGUUUCUUGUCUUGCAGACUGAACGUUUGGAGCCAAUACGACGCCGUGUUGACCCUCAAAACCAAAGCCCAUCAUACCGAAGACAUAACUUGCUACCACGCGAAUCGGACGGGCACAACUUUUGUCACCGGCUCCGCCGACCAAUCGCUGAAAGUGUGGCGACUGGAGACCGGGUUUCUGACCCAAGUCCUGGUCGGGCACGAAGGCGUUGUGCUGUGCUGCUAUUGCAGCCACGACGGGAAAACGGUGGCGUCCGGCGGCAAGGAUAAACUGGGCUUUGUGUGGGACGCGCAGACCGGCCAGUCGCGGCUGCAGUAUACCGCGAAGGGGGCCAUAACCUGCAUCCAGCUCACGCACGACGCGAGCAUCGUCAUCUCGGGCGACGAGGCGGGCUGGAUCGAGGCCUACUACGUGCGCACCCAGCAACGGCUCUCCAGCUUCAACGCGCAUCGCGCCGUGGAAGGGCUGGUCGUGUCCAUGGAGGCGCAUCGCAUUCUGGCCAAGCUCGCGAACACGGCGCAAAUGCCGAUCCUCUGCUUGCACAACACUCCCGCCGGACAAUACAGUCGAAGUGAGCGGCAUCGAUUGCACACUUUGUUGAGUACUAACAGCUUGACAAGUAGGUAAAUGAAUCACCAUUGUUUUUGUCCGCCUUUUUGCACCCUUUGGGACUGUGUACUAACCGAGGUGAUUUGGGCUUUAAUUGUGCCGCUAAUCUUUUCGUUUUCUUCCUAGACCUUUGUGUAUUGGAUGUACGUUAACGUUGUGGAGUACAGGGUAGGUCGGCCAGACCUGGAGGACUUCUUUUGCGGACAACCUGGGAAGUAAUGGAUCAAAAUUUACAAAAAAUAGAUUUUUCAAACCCUCAGGGCCUCGUUUUUUGUUCUCUAAGUUUCUAUAAAGGAAAUGCCCUCGGGCGAUCCGUGGUUGUCAAUUUUAUAAAAUUUUCGAACAUCAGAUGCUUUUCAUCUCGAAAGCGUCCGAUUUACUUGAUUAGGGCCACUAAAAUCUUGAAUAGUCAUGUCUACAGAUUGCCGGAAGGUCUCCUACAAAUAAAGAGUAAUACGCCGCAACACCGUGGCCUCGCAAGCCCCAGAAAUAAAAAUUUCGUAAAUGCUGGACCAUUAUUUUCCCAGUAAUCGGCAAAAGAAGUCUUCCAUGUCCAACCGACCCGCGUUAUUCAAUGAAACGCUGAUAUAUCCUGGCCUUCACAGAGAACAUCCAUUUUAUUCGUUUAACCUUGUGUCGCUGAGCAUUAGCUUCCUCUUUCCACCCUUUUCCAACCGCUAACCCACAGUCUUUAGACGGUAACGACGAAACAAUGUCGCUCUCCAACCUUCAACGCCCUCGACCCUCCAUCGCCGACUCGGAACGACCGGCCACGACGGUCGUGAAUGUCAUGGAGAUCCGGCACGACACGGUUGUCUCGAAUGGCUCCAAUCCGAGCAAAGGUUCGGACAAGACCGGGAGGAAGUCGAACGUGAGCGAGAAAAGUCAGCCAUCAACCGUGUCGGCGUCGGGUGAUACGAGAACCUCGAACAAUACGACGGUCGCCAAAAAGUCGAGGACUUGUGCUAUUGUGUAG